AGUGUGGUAGCGUGGAGGAUCCCAGCUCAGGCGGUGCUCACAUCUUCCCUGGAGGAGUAGCUACCUACCUUGCCUCACUCCUUCACUUACCCCUCAUCUGAUCAUUCUGUGAGUGAUAGGAGCGAGGAUGGCGGACGAGCAGCUAGCAUCUGGCAAGAACAUUCUUCACUACCCUUUCCAGGAAACCUCUGCUGCCAAUUCUCACACAUCACCCGCGACUCUCUCACAUAACCCAGCAAUACCCGCAUACAAUUCACCUACACGCACACACGACACACACACAACCACACACAACACAACUUCACCCACGACACCCCCACCUACACCUUUGUCUCCCCACACCUGCCCAACUCCCACAGGGGAUUUUUGGAUGGCAAGACAGGACACCGUGGAGAACAAGGACAUUUGUAAAUAUAAUGACAUGAUUAGCGAAGACACUGAGCACGUUACCACUGGUGAUGACUUAUCAGUGCUCUCCAAGACACGGGAGAUAGUAUCACAACAGAAAGUAAAGACUGGCGAGGAAAAGCAGGGAAAUAUGUUAAGGAAGUCCCUUCAUGCGGCGCCAGAGGGAGCGAGCGAGGUAUCCAACCUUUGUCUCGCCAGUGACGUAAGCUUUCAAGAUUUCCCAACACUCACCGUGAUUAGUAACCCCCCACCAACGGAGUUUCUCUUGACCAGGAAAGCAGUGUUGGUGUCAGUAUCGGCGGAGCCUCGUUCCGAGUGUCUCGGUCUCGUUCCUCCAGAGUUAGAGCCACACGACAGAACAUCUUCCAAGGAACGCAGGUCCGACACGCAGUUUCCAUCACCACUGCAGACACUAGGCACAUCUAGGCUUGCCGAGGAUUUGAACUCAUGUGCACCCGGCUCGCCUGAUAAAUGUGCAGUAGUUGAAAUUGAUGAGCUGCAGUUAUCGUUACACCGCAGUAAUAGUGAUGGUGUGCUCUCUGCCUACCAUAAACAAAUGUGUGACGCUUCCUCCCUUGAUGCUACUCUCUUACCAAAGCCAACUAGUCUGUAUUUAACUGCGUAUAGUUCAGAUCACUGCCCUUCCCCUGACAGUUCAAUAGCCGUCGUGAGACAGACGCCAGGAGGUUCAUCAUCCUCGUCACCGCACCAGGAAGUGUCAGCCACUGGAGGUAAAUCCCAGGUAGAACCCAUUACGGCGCUGCUGCCCCUAUAUCAACCCACGACGCCCUCCGCGCCGCAAACUCAGGGAAGGGAAACAAAUAUCGCAGACAGCAUCCAAGAUAACUCAGAUGUAGAGAAGGACACUUCCUCUACUUUUCCGGUUAAAAGAGUGAGAAAGAAAGCAUAUUUAACUUCUUUUGGUGUAGAGAAAUAUCUUCCUGAAAUUUCGGAACACCCAGCAGUGUGGCGCUGUACGGAAGGAAGAUCUCUCGACGAAAGUAAAUAUCGGCAAGAAUCGUUUGUGAAGCUGAUGGUGAGUGAGCCACCAGAUACCUCACGGGACCCUGUCGGGCACGUUGGCUUCAAAGAUAAUCCCAUAGUCAGUAUGAAGAUCCAGACACAAGCACACAAUACCAUUCCGAAGGAUACUUCUCCAAAUAAUUGUCAUUUGCAGUCUGACUCUUAUGACAAUGCUGGCAUGACAGUCGUAAAUAUUACAAAUGGCGCAAACAGCGAAGGUUUGGCAGGUGUUGAAAACGGCAGUACCCUGGACGAUCAACAGAGCGAUAGAUCUGGCAAGGGUAAAAGUGUUUUCUUUUAUGUGGAAGAAGAGGAAAUAUCUAAAUAUCAAAAUAAGAACAUGGCAAAUGAACAGAAAAUGCCUAAGAGCAGUUAUAGAGGGCAUGACAAUCUGGCCUAUGUGAAUGAUGAACAAGACAGCAUCAGUAGAGAUGAGAAUGUUUCACCGUUAAGGGACCAACAGCAGCAGCAGGUGUUCCCCGAGUUUCCCAGGAGAAGCUCUGACCCUGAAUGUUUACCUGUUGUUAAGAAGGAGAUUUUUCGCUCAAGCAGCUACGAAACAGAAUUGAACAAAGUAUUAAACAACCUAAGCGGGGAACAGACUAGUCCUUCUACAACCCCAACUCUCAGAAAGCGCAGCACAUCAAGAGGGCGGCCUGAAUACACUCCUUCGGAUUCCGAGGGAACAGAGAAACAAGAAGAGACCUCUUUUUCAUCCAAAGAAGACUCGAAGAAGGGUACGAAGAAAGCACCGUUAAGGGCAAACUUCCCCGCUGGUAGUGAAGAAAGCAGUCCAAGCAUCUUCCGAAAGUUAAUUAAUAAUCCUUUUAUAAAGCUUGCUCGAAGUGAAUCUACAAGAUCAGCCAAGUCGUAUACGCCGCCUCCGAUGAGCAAAGAGGAGAUUUUAACUCGAAGUGUAAGUAACAUAUGGGAUUCCAGCUCUAGGUCCCGCGGCUCCGGGCAGUGUACCAAGCCUCCCCAGGCGCCACUCAGCGUAGCGAGUUAUGAUCAGCGCCACCAUGACAAAAGUUACAUUAUGCAAAAGCACUUGUACCGCAACAGCCGCCGCAACGUACAACAGAAGCUUCAUAGACAACUCAGCGAACCACGCCACGACGAAUGCAGGUAUAAUGAUUGUCACAGAGACGAAUACUACUACAAAAAACACGACUCUUACAUAGAUCCUCGCCAAAAUCACUCACGCCAUGGUCACCACAGCUACACAGACCACCAUCAUGGCGGGUCACGACACGGCUCAAAACACAACCACCACGAGCACUCAGAUCACCACAGCAUUUCAGGUCAUUCGAAACACAGUCACCACAAUCCUUCAGAUCACCACAGCAUUUCGGGUCACUCAAAGCAUAGUCACCACAGCGUUUCAGGUUACUCAAAACAUAAUCACCACAACCCUUCAGAGCAGCAUAGUCAUACACGACACAGCCUCCCAGAAGCACAACGCUCCCAUCACCAUCGUAGUCACUCCCAACGUUACACUCCCAGACAUCCAAACGAACCACUCAGACGUUUAAACACAUACGCCCAUGAGGGGUACCACAAGUACAUAAAGGCACAUGAACACAUAUUCGAACAUGAUCAUGCUUUUGAGCAGGGACAUAACAAUGAGUUUCUACCAGACCAGGAAGAAACUACUGUUAGAAAGGUCUCCCACUACAGACAGGAGGAAAAGGGAUCUACAGACGUGGAAAGGUAAGUUUUGUGGCCUAUUAAAGUUGUAUUUGUUUGUGUUACAGGACAAGCUUCACGUGUUUAACAUAAAACCUAUCCCCAGUGUGCUGUGAAGUUUGUUUCAUAUUUAAACUACGUCCAAUUUAUAAAUUAGGCUUGUUGCCUACAUAGUACGGUUAUGGCUUCUGACAGACUGCAAAUUUGCGUGAUGUAUUACAAUGUGCACAAACGUUGGUUCU